AAAGCUGGAAAGAAGGGAAGUAAAUAGGAGAGACGCUUUCCUGUUCCGCUCUGGGAAAUUCGGCUUUUGAAUUUCCUUCCCACCAAGACCUGCGAUUAGUGGUGAAGAAGGGAGGGCAGCUUUUUAAUUGGAAACGGGGGCUGCUAUGGGGGACCGGGAGGAGAUUGUCUUCAUAACUGAGACCAUAAUAGUAUCCUUGCCAUGUCAAAUUAAUGGUCUGUCUUUCGUCAAGAUCAGGCUGGUUCCGGAUAAUUUUGGGAAAGAUGUUAAUAGCUGAGCUAACUCAUGGUUCAUCAUUAACUCUUGUGCAUUCCCACGGAAAAUCCUGAUCCUCAGUAGUUUUUCAGGAGGGGCCACACCAACUUUGUGGGAUCGACUUAUGAUACUUAACCUAUACCGAAAUCUAGGAGUUUGUCUUUCCUCAGUUCUUGACAAGAGAUCUGAGACCAAGUGUGAUCUCUGGAACCCGAGAGGCCCAAGUCUGGAGAAACUUUUGAAAGCUUAUUUCAAACACCUUAGCAGAAGCAUUGAAUAUGCAGCCACCAGCAUCCAAAGAUUUUAGGUACCAAGUUGUACAAAACUGUGCUUUGUAUUGCUAGGCCCAACUUAAAGUUUUUAGGCCCCAGAACAGCUGAAUACUUGGGGAUUUUUCUAGGAGAGAGAGAUGACUACAAAGAAAGUGUCAGCUGUAGCUGUAGGUCUCCAGUUCUCUUCUGCCCAAGAGCAAGGGGGCUUUUCAGCUAUGAAAAUGGAAGGCGAGGGUGUGCCAGAUCCUGAGUCAGGGGAAGGGUCAAAGGGAGGAGAGAAAGCUCUGCGUGUCAUCCAGUCUGGAACUAUCCGAGAAUUUUUGACGUGGGCAGCACCUCAGCCGAUACAACAGGAGUCAGAAGAGGUCCUCCCUCAGCACUGGGAGGCUCAGUGGCGGCAGUUCCUGAAAGCAAUGCAGUCCCCUCGCUUGGAACUCUCAUCACAAGGUGAUGCUAAAUCUUUAGACCCCUUCCAACGAACAGCUGGCCGCACCCACCACCACCGGCCUACAGGAGGAAGAGGGAUGGCAGGAUCUCUGCCAGGCCUCAGAGGAAAACCUGAACAGGCCCAUAGGAACCUGAAUGCUAGGGACAAUGUGCAUUUCCGAAAGGUCAAGGCCACCUUCCCAGAGAGGAAUGCUGGCAGGAUGGAGUUGCGACGCCAGCGCUUCCGGAAAUUCCGUUUCCAGGAGGCCAAGGGUCCUCAGGAGGUCUGCAGCCAGCUUCGGGAGCUCUGCCACUCUUGGCUGAAGCCAGAGAGCCGGACAAAGGAGGAGAUUCUGGAGCUGCUGGUCCUGGAGCAGUUCUUGACCAUCCUGCCACCGGAAAUGCAGAGCUGGGUCCGAGAAGGCCAGCCAGAGACCUGUGCCCAAGCAGUGGCUCUGACCGAGGGUUUGCUGCCAGGACAAGGAGGGCCCAAGAGACGGGGAUGUCAGGUGACAGAUUCAUUUGGAGAUGGAGCUGUUGGUUCCUCCAAGGAGGAACAGAUGACAUCAGCCACCAGGCAGAAGCCGCUCCGCAGAGAGACCAAGCCAGAGACUGACCGAGAUGUGAGCUCACUAGGCAACUGCAGGACUGAUGGUGACUGUGUGGAGGAGAGAGCUAAAAAUGGGCCAAGCCGCCCUAUGAGAGCCCAACUAGAAGAUGAGAAGCUCCAAAGUUCUGAAAGUGGGAAGAAGGCUCACCGAGCACCAGACGUCACGCCACACCAGAGAGUCCACGUGGCACAGAGGCCCCAUCAGUGCCCUGACUGCGGGAAGCGCUUCACCCAGCGCUCAAGCCUCACUAUCCACCGCAGAAUCCACACAGGAGAGAAGCCUUAUCCUUGCCCCCAGUGUGGGAAAUGCUUCCGCCAGAGUUCGAACCUUCUCAAACAUCAGAGAAUCCACUCUGGCGAGAAGCCCCAUCGGUGCCCCGAGUGUGGGAAAAGCUUCGCCCAGCGUUCCAACCUCCUCAUCCACCAGAGAACCCACACAGGAGAGAUGCCCUACACUUGCUCCGAGUGUGGAGAAAGUUUCAGUCAGCACCGAGGCCUGAUUGCUCACCAGAGAGUCCACACAGGAGAGGUGCCCGGUGGCUUUGGCUGUCUGGACUGUGGAAAAUGCUUCCAGCAGAGCUCAGAUCUCAAUAAACACCUGAGAGUCCACACAGAUGCGAAAUACAGUCUCUGAAGAAGAUAGUUGCGCAUUUGCCACUGAAGAAGAACUUUUGGUCUCCAAAUGUGUAUGGCAAGAGAUUUUUUAAUGCUGAAUAAAGAAUUGAACAUCA